UUUCGCAGUAACCAAACAAAAUAAUUCAUACGGACAAAGACGGAACUAAAAGUCAGACGUCUUUGCACAGAGGACUGAGAGACACAGAGUCCAAGAAAAAAGCUCAGAGAAAGAGGGAGAAAAUUUCGGGAUUCUGAAUUUUCCCGAUGAGAAAAUGAAACCAUCCUUUGGAGCUUCGGAUAGUUCUCUGACCGCUCUGUUCUGGUCAGGAGGAUCAGGUGGCUGUGUUGGUGAUCCUCAGGAAUGCUCUCGGAUUGUCCUCAGAGACUUAGCCACAAGGGAAUUCAAUGCUUUCCUGUGGCUUUUCCUCAUCACAAUCACAGCUUUGUUGAUGAGGAAGGUCGUUAAGCUUCUCAGAUUAUGGUUCAAAGGACAUCGAAUCCCUGGACCUCCUUGUCCUUCUUUCUUCGGUCACUCCAAGCUCAUCUCCAGGGAAAAUCUCACCGAUUAUUUAUCGGAUGUACAUGAGAAAUACGGGUCAGCGGUGAAGCUGUGGUUGGGUCCAACUCAGCUUUUGGUGUCCAUAAAGGACCCAAAACUUAUCAGAGAAAUGCUUUUAAAGGCUGCCGAUAAAUUGCCUGGUACUGGGAGGGCAUUUCAUCUAGCCUUUGGAAGUUCUAGCCUCUUUGCUUCCUCUUUUCAAAAGGUACAACGGAGAAGGGAAACAUUAAAGAUAGAAUUAAAUGACAGACUGCUUGAGAGAGAAAAUUUGAUUUCUAGAACUGUUGUGGACUGCAUUACAGAGAGAAUACACGGGUCCAUGGUGAAAGGUAGCGUUGAUUGUAGAACGGUUUCUCAACAUAUGGCAUUUACCAUUUUGGGAGCUACACUUUUUGGAGAAGCGUUCUCCACUUGGUCUAAGGCAAAUGUUUAUGAGGAGCUCCUUAUGAGGAUUGCCAAGGAUGCUUCCUUUUGGGCUUCAUAUAAUGUUACUCCUUUCUGGAAGCGUGGAUUUUGGAAGUACCAGUGUUUAUGCACAAAGCUGAAAAGUUUAACUCAAGACAUUGUUCAACAGGGCAAAAAAAACUACAAGAUAUUUCAUUCUGUAGAUAGCAAAUUUUGUAAUGAAGCUGCCUUCGUUGAAAAGGAGGUUGCAUAUGGUGUGCCGUCUUGUUCUGUUAUUGGAAUGCCUGAUGAGUUUAUCCUUGAGGAGCUUAAAAGCCAUCUUAAUGUGAGAGAAGAACCAUGUGGCAAUAUUAUGGGCAUAAUGUUUCAUGGAUGCCUAACUACUGCAGGUUUGAUAAAUAACAUUUUGAUGAGGCUUGCUACAAACCCAGAAAUACAAAAUAAGAUUUAUACAGAGAUAACUAUGAUACAGAAAGGUUCAGUUAAACAAGUUGAGCAAAACGUUGAUAAGAUGUUCUUGUUAUUGGCAACUGUUUAUGAAUCAGCACGUCUUUUGCCAGCUGGACCUUUACUACAGAGAUGUUCCCUGGAAAAUGACUUGAAACUUGAAAGCGGUUUAACCAUACCAGCUGGAGCUGUAGUGGUUGUCCCUGUGCAGUUGGUGCAGAUGGAUGAUUCUAGUUGGGGAAGUGAUGCUAGUGAAUUCAAUCCAUAUCGCUUUUUGACAAAGGCUGGCAAGAAAUCUCAUAUGGUGCUGAAUACAUCAUAUUCAGGGCUUGCAGAAGAACUGGUGAAUCCAUGUCCAGGAGAGAGCUCUUUUGUUUUGAAUGAUCCAAAUGAGAAUGCAGCCUUUCUUCCCUUUGGUUCUGGUAUACGUUCCUGUGUUGGCCAGAAAUUUGUAAUCCAAGGAGUUGCAACGUUAUUUGCAUCAUUGCUUGAACGAUACGAGAUAAAGCUCUUGCCAGAGGCCCAGAAUAACCAAAAGCCAACGAAGAACAGCUCUGUGUUUCAGCUUCUUUCAGGUGUGGAAAUAGCUUUCGUGAGAAGGAACUGCUGAAAGAACAAGGAAAGAGAAGACCUUCUUUGUGGAUAAGUGUGUUUGUGUUGGUAAUCUGUUUUUGAUUUACUAGGUCAUGCAUAAUACAACUCAAUCCCUUCCUCUUUUUAUACUCGGUGAGGGAAGCUUUUUCUUUUUUUAAUCUCUUUUUUUUGGCACUCAUCUGCUGGCUAAGUAGAGGAUGUUACCUGAGUAUGGGACUGUGGCUCAUGUUUUUUCCUCUCUAAUUGAAAUAGCCCAAGUGCUGUCUUUGUGCAGUGACAGUUUUUGAAUGGUAGUUUUUGAAGCACUCAAAGGGCUAUUAUUGAAGCAGAGCCUUGUGGCCAUCGAGUGGAUUUGCAACUUUUUAUUUUUCUCCUUAAACGUUUUUCACUCCAACAAUGGAGUUGGCCGUGAUAUCAUAGAAUGUAUAUGUACAAAACCUGUACUUUUUUUUUGUGUUGUCAAACAAAUGUGAACUGCAACUUAUCUUGUGCUUCAUAUUCAUUAAAAAAAUUAAACUUGUGCCUCUCUCUCUAUAUAA